AUGGCGGGCUCAAAAAGCCCCGAAGCGGGGGAGAUUCCUCUAGAUACGGGAAACGACGCUGACAGUGAGGUGAGCCUACAGGCUGCGGAGAUCAAAGACACGGUGCUCACCGGCUAUAAGCUGGCGGCAGACAAUACUAUAGUCGCGACAGCAAUCCCCAGAAUUGCGGAUCAUUUUCAUGCUUUCAAUGAUUCUGGCUGGUACGCGAGUGCAUAUCUCCUCCCCACCAGCGCCGUCACCCUCGUCUACGGCCAGAUCUAUACAUUUUCCCCAUUAAAGAAGCCACGGAGAUUGGACCCGCUGGGGAUUUUCACCCUCCUGCCAGCCAUAAAAGAUACGCUGGUAACAUUGCUGGGGGUGUAUAAUCCUGCAGUGGUCCGGAUGUUCUAUUUCGCUUCUGGGUUGGCGUUGGCUUCGGUGCCGGGGGCGGCGGUCGUGGAGUGGCGGCCGAUCAGCAAGGAGAGGCGGACAACAUGUGCGAAUCAUAGUGUUCUAUAG